AUGUCAGAGUCACUGCUGCCUCCAGAGCAAAUUCGGCUGCCUUCCAGCCCGAGUCCCAGCCCAACACCGUCGUCGUUGCCAGGUAGCCCUCCAGCCAGUUUGAAACCCACGCCCGACGACUUCCUUGCCAUCCCACCGCUACCUGCGAGCUUUCUGGUCCCACCUCGCAACCGCUCGCCUUUAUCGCGAACUCACGCCCGGUCUCGUUCUCUUGCUUCACCGCACCCCAUGACCAGAGCCCACUCCUCGCCAGGCUUGGAUUCGCGCGGUCGCUACGUCCUACCCCCGAAUAUAUCCAGGCCAGAGAGUCCAAUGGAACGUGCGAUGCGGCGACAUAGCCCGCUACGAGCUGUGGAGGAUAGUCGGACGAUAGGCUUGGGUUCACUCAACAUCUCGGAAACGAUCUCAGAACACGCAGAGCUUGAGCUGUCGCAAACGCCUUUGCCAGUACCCUCGGAAUAUCCGCCAUCUCCAUCAUUGCCCCCGCCAAUGCACAAUACGUUUCCCCGUUCUUCCAGGCGUCCGCAUACUGCUCCUCUUCAUACCACCUUUUCCAGCGUCACAAGCAAUCCAGCCAGCAAUAGCCCAUCCUCAUCACACUCUUCUCCGGUCAUGCUAGCUACGAAGUUCAACGAGCCGUUUCCGGGGUUCCCUACCUCGUCGACUUCAUCGAUGCCGUCUACGCCAACCAGCCUACGCUCGCGAAGUCCCAGCAUCUCGUCUCUAGAGACAAUACCCGAUAUCCCGGAUGCAGAGGAAGAAGCGGUUGAAGCCGACGAAAUCGCGCGAUUGAAGGCAGCAGCGGAUAGUGCUGAUGCAGACGGUAUGCGUCGACGUUCAUAUUUGGAAAACUCCCCCUCUACCACUGCACGUGGCUACGGACAAAGGACUGACAAGCGCAAGCGCUGGAGUGUAUGUGGAGCAGAACGACGUCAAGAUCUAGAUCUUGAGACCAUAUGGGAGGAUUGA